GAUCUAGUCAGAAAUGUUUAAAAUGACGGGGAAAGUUAUUAGAAUAGUUUUCGCUGGACUAUUCAUUUUUGCUCUCAUAAGAAUUAGUGUUGGGAAUGGCGAGUUUGCAUCAAAGAGUGAACUUCCUUUUUGGAACCAUUCCUUGCCAUGGGACCAGCGUUUAGACGAUUUAUUAAAUCGUUUAAAAGUGGAUGAUAUGACAUACCAGCUUGCGAGGGGAGGAGCGGAUCCAAACGGGCCAGCUCCGGGGAUCAGUCGUCUGCAGAUUGGCAAGUAUGUUUGGAACACUGAGUGCCUGCGCGGGGAUGCUCAGGCUAAGAAUGCCACUGCCUUUCCACAAGCUCUCGGCCUAGCUGCAGCUUUCAGCCGGGACCUCUUAUUUCAAGUUGCCAAUGCAACCGGCUAUGAGGUCAGAGCUAAGAACAACUAUUACAAAGCACAUGGAGACUUUAACAAUCAUCAAGGAUUGAGUUGCUUCAGUCCUGUUAUCAACAUCAUGAGACAUCCUUACUGGGGAAGAAACCAAGAGACAUACGGUGAGGACCCAUACCUGACGGGAGAGCUUGCUAAGAGCUUUGUACGGGGACUCCAGGGCAACCAUCCUAGGUACAUUUUGGCUAACGCUGGAUGUAAACAUUUUGCAGCUUAUUCUGGACCUGAAAACUACCCCUCAUCAAGGUUCUCAUUCAAUGCCAAGGUGUCAGAUAAAGAUUUGCAGGUGACAUUUUUCCCAGCCUUUAAAGAGUGCAUCAAGGCAGGAACGUACAGUUUCAUGUGCAGCUAUAACAGUGUAAAUGGCAUCCCUGCUUGUGCUAACACCUAUCUCUUGACAGAUGUUCUGAGAAAAGAAUGGGGGUUCAAAGGUUAUGUAGUCAGUGAUCAGAGAGCACUAGAGCUGGAGGAAAUCUCACACAACUACACCACAUCAUAUCUGGAAACUGCUGUUAAGAGCCUCAAGGCAGGUUGCAACCUGGAUUUGGGACAUAAUUUGCCUGCUGUAUAUGAUUACCUUACAGAAGCGGUUCAACUUGGCAUGCUAACCAUCAAAGACCUUCGAGACAGUUUGUCUCCUCUUUUCUACACCCGCCUACGUCUUGGUGAGUUUGACCCUGUGGAUCUCAACCCCUAUGCCCAGCUCAAUGCGGAUCAAGUUGUACUGUCACCUGAACACCAACAACUUGCAGUGAAGGCUGCCCUCAAGAGCUUUGUGCUUAUCAAGAAUGAGAGGAACACUCUGCCAAUAGAGGGCAUCAUUCAAACUUUAGCAGUGGUAGGACCUUUUGCCAAUAACUCUAACCUCCUCUUUGGUGACUACGCACCUGAGCCUGACCCUCGGUUUGUUACCACGGUCCUGGAAGGUCUGUCGCCCAUAGCAACCAAGACCAGGAAUGCAUCUGGAUGUCCGUAUCCUAAGUGUGAAGCCUACGAUCAGCAAGGUGUCAUGAAUGCUGUGGCGGGAGCAGACAUGGUGGUCGUUUGUCUAGGAACAGGGAUUGGUAUUGAAAUGGAAAGUAAUGACAGACAUGACAUGUUGCUUCCAGGCAAACAAGAACAACUCCUUCAAGAUGCUGUACGCUAUGCCUCAGGGAAACCAGUUAUCCUUCUUCUUUUCAACGCUGGACCUCUGAACAUCACUUGGGCCAUGUCCAGCCCUUCAGUUCAAGCUAUCGUAGAAUGCUUCUUUCCUUCCCAGGCAACGGGUGUGGCUCUAAGGAUGAUGUUCCAGAAUGCCCAUGGCUCAAACCCUGGGGGCAGGCUUCCUUCCACCUGGCCCGCUAUGGAUGCUCAGAUCCCACCAAUGGAGAAUUAUUCCAUGGAUGGGCGUACCUACCGCUAUUUCCACGGUGAUCCUCUGCUUCCAUUCGGCUAUGGGCUUUCCUACACAUUAUUCAACUAUUCUGAUCUGAUGGUGACACCUGCUUCCAUACAACCAUGCCAGAAUGUUACGGUUAAGGUGACAGUCAAGAACAUUGGGAAUUAUACAGGAGAUGAGGUAACACAAGUCUAUAUCAGCUGGCAGAAUAUCAGCACGAAGAUGCCAAUACGACAACUUGUUGACUUCACCCGAGAAGAGCUAGCCCCCGGGAAAAGUGUCUCCCUUGAGUUCAAGAUUGUCCCUCGUGUCAUGGCCGUGUAUACUGACCACUGGUUCCUCGAGCCUUGCACUAUUGAUGUCUUUGUAGGAGGGCAGCAACCUGGGCAGAAAGUCAGGGCCCCUUCCAAUGUCCUGAAUGCUAAGUUCCAGAUUGCUGGGGUGGUUACGCCCCUCUCAAAGUGCCCCUACCCAGGGUAAAUGUUGGUAUUGAUAUUUGUGUUGAUAAAGGAUGAUAUGUGAUUGCAAGCCCAACACCUAAUCAAGUCAAUCAAAUCCUAGCACCAGCUUUAUUUCAGGUCCAGUGUUAUGUUUGGUGCUAUUUUAACACCAACACUAGCUUUAUUUCAGGUCUAGUGUUAUGGCUGGUGCCAGGUUAGCUCAAACACCAACACCAGCUCUCUACAUACUUGACCCGUUUUUUAUUCACUGCCAGAGAUUGUGCAAAUAACAUCAUAUUAUAGUGAACAUACUGUUAUAGUUCAUUUAUUUACACAAGUGUAUUUCACACUGAGAAGCUUAUAGUGCUUAUGCACACAUGUUUAUUGAAUAUUUAGCCCUACAUGUACAUAUUUGUAUCACAGGUAGUCUAGAAUUGAUGAAAAGAAAAUCAAUUUAGAGCAAAAGGAGUUCAUUUUUAUUCCAUUCAGUCUAUAUAUGCAGAUCAGCCAAUCUUACUUUUAUCCAUCAGAAUAUCACCCGAUAAUUUGUUAUAUGCUUUGUAGAUCUGUGUUAUUUCUAAAAGGAAGUACAAUGUGCAUGUAUAGUAGAUCAAAGUACUGUGUAUUUUUCACAUGAGGAAGGGGUAUAUUUUUAUUUGAUUCAAGAAAGAUUAAUUUAUUUUUUAAAGGGGCAAUUUUCAUGUCAAGAUGCAAUAAAGAUGCAGUAUUAGAUGUGAACAAAAAUGUAAAUAUCCUUAUGACUUUGACUUGCAUUUACUUACUAUUUCAAAAGUUUUUUUUU